AUAUGUUAACAGUCACGGUAGAAACUCGAUUUGAAGAUGGAUAUUGUCAUACACAAUAUUUUACAAAUAGUUGUGUUAUGAUUGAUGUGUUUAAACACUAACUUCGUGCCACAAUGAACGAUACGAUAAGCACCUUUUCGAACCGCUCUUCUCAGCACCACAAUCAGUCUUGGAGCCAAAACAUUUCGAAAUCGUUCAAUUUCGUCUAUUUUACGGAGACCACCAUCCUACCCUCUUUGAUCGGAUUCCUGUGUACUACUGGGCUUAUUGGCAACGUGCUCGUCUUAGUGACCAUUCUUAGGGCAGUGAAGAAGACGGUGCCGGACGUGUACAUCUGUAACCUGGCGGUGGCCGACGUGGUCCAUGUGACCGUCAUGCCCUUCCUCAUCCACCAGUGGGCGCGCGGUGGCCAUUGGGUCUUUGGCAGUACGCUGUGCCGCGUCAUCACCUCCCUGGACAACUGCAACCAGGUGGCGUGUGCAGCGGUGAUGACCGCUGUCAGUGUGGACAGGUACUGUGCCGUUGUCCAUCCGUUUCGCCUGCUGGCUUUGAGGACCAAAUCCAGGACCAUGGGUCUCAACCUGCUGGUGUGGGGGGUCUCCGUGCUGCUGGUGGUGCCGGUCUGGCUCCACUCCAAGGUCAUCCGCUUCCCUGAUGGCCUGGAGAGCUGCAGCAUUAACCUGGUCUCCCCCAGCGCGGUCCUCUGGUACACUUUAUAUCAGACCAUUACGUCGUUCUUUCUGCCUCUGCCCCUCAUUCUGACCUGCUACAUCCUCAUCGUGGUUCACACCUGGAGAAUGUACAUGAAGAACAAGCAGGCCCAGCGCUACAGCAGCAACUUGCCCCGCGCCCGGGCCAUCCGCCUGACCAAGAUGGUGCUGGUUCUGGUGGGGGUGUUCCUGCUGAGCGUGGGGCCCUACCACAUCCUGCAGCUGGUCAACCUGACGGUGCGGAGGCCCUCGCUGGCCUACCACACCUGCUACUACCUGUCCGUGUGUCUGAGCUACGCCGCCAGCAGCAUCAACCCCUUCAUCUACAUCCUGCUUAGCGGACACUUCAGGCGUCGGCUGACCGGGCCCCGCAUCCCCGGCGGACGAAGCGCCGUCGAGAAAGAGCGCACGCCGCAUGCCCACACACCGCACUCAAGCUACGCGUGAAAGCCAGCCCCCCCUCCCCCUUUUGUUUGAGCUAGACCCCGCAUGUUAUUGUUUUGUUGCGUUCCCGACUUUUUAAUUGACUUUCUUUUUAAUUGAAGGGGCGGGGCAAUAUUGCUCAUCAGUCAUUCGCUCUCUUGCACAAGCAAGUCCCGUUUGCAGCAGAUCAGUAACAGGGUGCAUGCAAUAGCACACGUUUUACCGUUAGAGCGCCAUUUGAGUCGAUAUUUAUAUUGUAUACUAUGUUUUUAAACCUUUGUGCAUUUCAGUCAAGUUUGGAUCAGGAUCCCUCUAUAGCAGUACUAUGCA